AUGGUGGCGUUCCAGGUCACAGCUCUUGACCCUGUUUCCGUUGGGGACUUUGCUGGCCCCCCAAAUCUGUGGGAACUGCCUGUGUUUUUCACGUUUUUGCAAAACGUGGCCAUCGUCGCCAUGGCGAGUAUCGACUCGCCGUACGCGCCGUUUGCCCUGUUUACAGAUUCGUUUUCGUGGCUCUUGUUUCUCGUCAAAGGCAGCCGUCCGUCUGCCCCAUCAUCUAGAGCAUUGCAAACAUCCUCGCACGAGGCCGCGUUUGGCAUCCAGCAGUUUGCCCUCCGCCUCAACAUUCCAGAAAGAGACUUGUUUGUGCGCGCGUGGACGUGCUUCUUCGUCGUCAUGUCAGCGAUGCUGCUUCUCCUGUGCCUAUUCAACGGCCUAGCGACGUACUUCAGUCGCCACAACGGGCCCCUUCUGAGCCAAGUUGAGGACCACCCGAACGCCGACAGAUUUGAAAAGUGGAGCCUCAAGGUACAAGGGGUGUUGGUGUGGGUACUCACCCAAGCGGUGCUUCCCCUCACGGCGGUGUCGGUCUUUGAAGCCUCCGUAUCUCAGUCGCCUUCAGCCAGUCGAUCCGUCAGCUGUGCCUUGGCCGUGGCGGUGCUCGUGGUCAUCGGUGGCACCUGCGUCGGCUCAUCUUUGGUCCUGUGGCGGCAGACCGAGUCCAGUCUGUCCAAGUUCCACACCAAAGCCAUAUUUGGGGUGCUGUACUUGAACCUGCAGUUCCCGCACCGGGCGUUCUGUGGGGUCACGCUGAUGGUGCAGUUCGUGUCGGGGGCGAUGAUGUCUGGAGUGGGGACCCCUUCCACCCAGAUGUUGUGGCUCGUCAGUGUCCACGGCCUGUACAUGCUGGUGCUGGUGGUCGUGAGGCCGUUCGUGACCAACUUGCACUUGAGUGUGGCUGUGCUGGUGGAGUUGGUCAAUAUCGCCAUCUACUGCCUCUGCUUCGCCCAAGCCAAGGCCGCCGUGGAUGACAUUCACACCAAGAAGACGCUUGGGUAUGUCGUCAUGGGUCUCGCGUGCCUGUUGGUGGCACUGUUUUUCGUCCGGACGCUGGUGAAAAUCGGCAAGAAGCUCGUUCAAAAGAACGACAAUGUCGACGGUUCCGAUCGAAGUAUUAGGCGUGAAGUGACCAUGGCAUCCGGUACCGUGAACGCCAGCAUCAAAGACGGCGGCGGGAUAGUGACCACCCUGCAAGGCGAUAGUGACACUGGUCACUACGGCCUUGCACUAACUCCACUGGAGCGUUUGUCGACGACCAGUGGCACUGGUUUGAUAGUGACCAAAUAG